UUUGGGAUAUCGAAUAACAAAAACAAAAGCAAACAGGAUCAGAGUUCUCACUUAGAAGAUCAACCUGUCAUUCAUAGCUGUUCAAAGUAGUAAGUUAAAUUUUCGUUUCAUUUAACAUUUAAAUUAUAACAAAAACAAUUUACUAUCGCGCACUUUUCUUUUCUUUUUUCGUCAUAAAGAACAGAAAAUAAAAUCAACCAAUCAGGGAUGAGGAAAAACUGUCCCAUUCUUUUAUAGUGAUGUUAACCCUAAUUAAUAAAACACAUUUAAUCUCCUUCACUUAAUGAUUUAAUUAUUAUUUUUGUUCAUUUUCGAGCUGUAAGAAAUGUUUUUAAAGGAAUUAAAUUUAUUUUUUAUUUUGACUCAUAAAAAAAUAGUUUCAAAGCAUUAAAACUGGCAUUACCUUCGCAAACAAGCAAUCCUGCUAGUUUUUUUUUCAAAGCGUUUUUUUACUGAUCUGAUGGCUUUUAUCGAUAUGGAGUUAUAGGGUGCCAUUGGUUUUGUUUAUGUGUAGUGGCUGUUAUUUUUGUUCAUUAUGUGACAGAACUGUUUGUAAACAGUGUUUUCAACACGUUUUUGGCAGCAAUUAUGCUGCUUUUAAAUACUUAAAAGUUUAAAAAAGGUAAUUAUUGCCUAAAUAUUUUUUUGUGACUUAAGAUCAACUAAUGCCCAUUGUUUAUUGUGUGUCGCGUAUUUCGCGAAAAUUGUGAAUUUGUUUUUUAAUGUUUUCCUGUGCGUUAAGAUACUAUCGCAAUUGGUUUAUUAUUCCUAAAAUACAACAAUUGAAAAGAAAUUUACGAUGGAACACAACUUUUUACCAUCGGACCUUCCGACCCAAGUCCCCAGCUUGGCCGCCGCUAUUGCCAUGAGCUCUUGUGCUUAUGCCUAUAGCAUUUUUACCGAUCACCCUAUGAUGGAAAAACCCCCUAUGCUUCAAAUACCAAGUAGCACAGCUCGUUCAGAAGGAGAAGUUACAAAUCAGAAUUCGUAUUUAACCACCGCUCCGUCAAACGGAAAUCUAGUAAGCAGAGUAAACAAUCAUAAUAACGUUUCAGUGAGUGGCGGCCCUGUGGAUCGAGAGGAUAGCAAGAAGGCGAAAAUAUUUCCCUGCGAGGUUUGCGGGAAAAAAUUUUCGCAGAAAGGUAACCUUAAGAAUCACAUGUUUUGCCAUUCUAAAGUCAAGCCUUUCAAUUGUGAAGUGUGUGGCAAAGGUUUCACCCAAAAAUCCACAAUGGAUUACCACAGAAGCAUACAUCAAGGGUUAAAACCCUUCAGCUGUGAGAUCUGUGGCAAGAGCUUCACACAAAAAGGCAAUCUUAAAACGCAUCUCAUAUCUCAUUCUGGGACUAAACCUUAUUCAUGCGAGAUUUGUGGUCGAGGUUUUGCCCAACGAGGAAAUAUGAAAACCCACCUUAGGACUCACUAUGGGGAGAAGCCAUUUGAAUGCGAAGUGUGCGGCAAGCGGUUUACUCUCAAAGGUAACUUAAAUACUCAUAUUCUUUCUCAUAAAGGCAUCAAACCAUUUUCAUGUGAAAUUUGUGGUAAGACUUUUGCUCAAAAAUUAAGUAUGGAAUAUCAUAUGAACAGUCACACUGGUAAUAAGCCUUACAAAUGUGCAGUUUGCGGGAAGGCUUUUACGCAGAAAGGUAACAUGAAAACUCACAUGAGAUCCCAUAGCGGUGAAAAGCAUCACGCUUGUCAGAUUUGUGGAAAAUGUUUUACGCAAAAAGGUAACAUGAAAACGCAUAUGAAGUUACACUGCCGUCCACCCGAUGUAGAUAAACCCUAUCAAUGUGGCAUUUGCUGCAAAUCUUUUGUCACAAGGUCUAGUUUAGAGUGUCAUAUGGCGAAUCACGUGAAUAGGGGUAUCACUGGCCCCAAUAACAAUAAUAAUAAGGCUAUCACUAAUAACAGCUCUAAUUUAUCGGUCAAUCGGCGGGGCCGCCCACCUAAUGAUUUGUCUUUGAAACAACUUAAUGAGCAUUUGGUCAAACAAGCUGCCAACGAUUUAUCGAUGAGGCAGCAAAUGUCUGAAACUAUUUACAAAAUAGAAGCUCCUGACCAUAACGGUAAGCACAUUAACGAUCAUUCCGUACGUCAGAUAAAUGAUCCAAUGAGUAAGUCCGAAUCUUUAAGAACUAUAAAUGACCAUCUUUUGAAAACUGGGAAUUCAUCAUUUUCAAAGCCAAAUGAUUCUUUUAGUAAACAAGGAAAUGAACUUUUAGGUAGAGCAUUAAAUGACCACUUUGGUCGAUCUAGUAAUGAAGCAUUAUAUAGAUCCUUGCAUGAACACAUGGGUAGGCCCGGUCAUGACUUUUUACGACAAUCUUUAAAUGGCCACUUGGGCAGGUUAAAUAAUGAGACAAUAAACAGGCAUGUUAAUGAACAAUUAGAACGAUCUUUAAGUGGACAGUUAGGUCGAUUAAGUACCAAUUAUUUGGCUUCAACUAGUGGUGAAUCUAUGCCAAGAUUAAACAAUGAGCAGCUUUUAAGAAAUGAACAAAUGAGAAGACAUGUUAAUGAACAGAUGUUGAGGCAAUCAAAUGAACACAUGAGGCAAAAUUCAGAACAUCUGAGGCAGGCAAAUGAUCAUAUUGGUCAGCCUAAUAGUGACCACUUAGGUCGAUCAAGUAGUGAUCAUAUAAGUAGGCAAGAGCAUAUGAGUAGACUGAAUAACGAUCACAUGAGUAGGCCACCAUCUACUGAUCAUUUAGGAAGACCUAACAAUGAGCUCAUUAGUAGACCACCAAGUGAACACAUGAUUCGACAGAAUGAUGAUCAUUUGAGUAGGCAAAGUGAUCAUUUGAGUAGAUCUAAUGAGCACAUAGGUAGGCCGAAUAAUGAGCACUUGGGAAGGCCAAAUGAUCAUUUAGGUAGACCUAAUGGGGAACAUUUAGGUAGACCAUCACAUAUGGAAGAUCAUAUAAAUCAUUCUAAUGAGCACAUGGGAAGAUCCAACAGUAAUCACUUAAGUCAGUCCAGCAAUGAACAUUUAAAUAAUCUAAGUAAUGAACAUCUUGCCAAUGAAAUGAAUAGACCUGUCAAUGAUAUUAUGAGUAGGCCUCGCAGCGAACACAUGGUAUCUUCCGGCAACGAGCACAUUGGGAGAUCUAAUAAUGAGCACAUGAUUCAAUCUGCCAAUGAUCAUUUGGGUCGAGCUAAUAAUGAACACAUGUCAAGUAGACCUGCUAAUGAUCAUAUGGGUAGACUCAACCAUGAGCAUAUGAAUAAGUCGCCUCCCGAACUUAUGGUUAGUCCCAACCAUGAACAUUUUGCUAAUGCUCGCAGUGAGCAUUUCGAUCGAGUCAACAAUGAGCACAUAGAUCCUGUUAAUAAUGAACAUAUGGGAAUUGUAAAUAAAGAUCAUUUUUCAAGACAUGCUUCAGAUCAUCAUAAUAGAAAUGAACUCAUUGGUAGUCCUCAUAAUGAGCAUCUAGUUAGACCAAGCAGUACCCAUCUUGGUAUAGUUGAAAAUGAGCCUGUUUGCAGCAAUGGUAGUGAUCAUUUAGAUAGACCAUCUAGGAAUGCUUCUGUUGAUCCUAAUGUCAACGAUAGCUUGCCAGAAUCUGAAAACGAUUUAAUGAGGAAUCAGGAAAACGAAUUACCUGUACAACUGACCCAAAACUAGUUUUUAUUUUUAUUUUUAGAAAUUACUCCUAAUAAAUCAGUGACUGCUUUGUACUACUGUUAGUCUUACUUUCUAUUAUGCUUGUGUGAGCUGCCAGUUGAUUGCCUGUUUUCUUCUGUGCUGUCUUUGAUCAUCAGUGAAUAGUAAUCAGUGCUAGGUACAAAAGCUGCCACUACACAUAGCACCAUAAGCCAUGAAAGACUAGUACAAUGUUGACAAAGGUAAUAACCCGAUUAUGUAAUUUGAAUACAGUUUUUUACGCAGAGCUUAUCACAUAGAUGAAACAAAAAUGUUAUGCAAUAAUACUUCAUAAGCAUCAGAUUUGUUAUUUUACUUAAAAAAAACCUCAAUUUUUUCGAGGUUGAUUAAUAUAGUUCCAUAAGACAGUCCACAAAUAUAUCAGCACACUGAUUGCAUUUGUAGUAUAGUAUUUACAUUGUUGAGUUCUAAUCGGUUGUUGCAGAAGUCGUACGAAUCAAUCAAGUUUCCUAUAUACUUCUUUUUGUUACUUCUAAUACAACUGAUUAGUUCAUUUUCCCACCUCGUAAACUGUCUUGUAGUUUGUCCCAAAGUUUAUAAAAAAGGCUCAAAUUAAACAAAAAUGUGUCCCUUCCUCAAUAAAAAAACUUGCAGAACUGCAUUCCCAAUCUGUAAUUUAUCCCAGUGAAUUAAAUAUCUCGUAAUGUCGAUUCUCUUCUGUAGUGAAUUAAAAUUCUUUGAUGUUUAAAAAAAA